AAAGAAAAUAAAAGUAGGAUAUGCAAGCCAUGGAGUCAUGAUACAUGUUUCUUUUACAUUUAAAAAUAACCAAACCACUAUAUGUAUGUGCGCAGACAAAAGAGGUAAUCAGAGAAGAGAGAUGCCGGAAUAUUGCGUAACUGGAGGAACUGGCUUCAUAGCUGCCUAUUUGGUCAAGACCUUACUUGAGCAAGGCCAUGUUGUCCGCACUACUGUUCGAGAUCCAGAGAAUUUAGAUAAGGUUGGUUACCUCUGGGAGUUUAAUGGAGCCAAGGAGAGACUCAAGAUUUUGAAAGCUGAUUUGUUGGUGGAAGAAAGCUUUGAUGAGGCUAUUCAAGGUGUUGAUGGGGUAUUCCACACUGCUUCACCUGUACUCGUUCCAUACGAUCAUAACAUUCAGGCGACGUUGAUUGAUCCAUGCAUAAAGGGAACCUUGAAUGUACUGAGCUCCUGCAAGAAAGCAAAAAGUGUUAAAAGAGUUGUUCUAACCUCUUCAUGCUCUUCAAUAAGAUACCGUUUUGAUGUUCAACAAGUUUCUCCUCUUAAUGAGUCACAUUGGAGCGAUCCUGAAUAUUGCAAACGCUAUAAUCUUUGGUACGCAUAUGCAAAGACCAUAGGUGAGGAAGAAGCAUGGAGAAUAUCCAAGGAUUCCGGGAUUGAUUUGGUAGUGGUGAACCCUUCUUUUGUGGUUGGUCCAUUGCUUGCACCACAACCAACCAGCACCUUGCUCAUGAUAUUGACCAUUGUUAAAGGUCUGCGAGGUGAAUAUCCAAACACAACCGUGGGAUUUGUCCACAUAGACGAUGUAAUUGCUGCUCAUGUUUUUGCUAUGGAGGAAAAAAAAGCAUCAGGCAGGCUUAUCUGCUCAAGUUCAGUAGCUCAUUGGUCGCAGAUCAUUGAGAUGCUCAGAGAUAAGUAUCCAAAUUACCCAUAUGAAAGCAAAUGCAGCAUCCAAGAAGGAGACAACAAUCCACAUAGCAUGGAUACCAGUAAGAUAAUUGGGUUGGGUUUUCCUGUUUUCAAAUCAGUCCCUGAAAUGUUUGAUGACUGCAUCAAGAGUUUCCAGGAGAAGGGACUUCUGUGAAGUGAUCCACCAUCUCUUUUGAAAACUUUCUAUUCAGUAUUACCUUCAGAUUAUUAGAAUAAUAAAUGUACUUUAUUUUCCUAUCUUCAAGACAUUAUCCAUGCAUGUGAUGCAUAUAAAUAGUUAUGGCAAAUCUUUAAGUAUA